AUGCGCGCAACAUCCUUUCCCCUCCUGACCUUCCUCGCCUCGCUGGCACCGGCAACAAUCAAGGCCCAAUCAAGCUCCAGCUGUUACAAGCUCGAUUCAUCCCUCACAGACCAAGGUGCCUACCAGUAUCAAUCCGCAGGCUACUGUCUCGGCCUUUGCAGAGAUGCCGGUCUUGCCGUGUAUGCCAUGGCAGAUGGCAACCACUGUUAUUGCGGCAACAGUUUACCCUCCACCUCAGCAGACAGUGCCAACUGUAACAUUGCUUGCGUCGGUUAUCCAAGUGACAAUUGUGGUGGUUCAGGCUACUUUCUCGUUGCGCUGACUGGGACGGGUACUCUCACCGGUGGCGGGACUCUGAGCGGUGGUAUCUCUUCCGUAGGCGGAGCAGCAGCAUCUCGUCAACCCACCACGCCAGUCACACAAGCGCGUACCUCGACCACAGUGGGUUCGCCUGUCACCAUCACAACAGCUGUGGUACAAGGCGUGACGGUUGUUCAAACAGUCACCGCGCGACCAACUGCACAGCCCUCGAGCUCUUCCUCCUCCUCCGCCUCUUCACAAACGAGCAACAGCAGCCAAAAGAGCAGCGGCUUGUCAGGUGGUGCGAUUGCUGGUAUCAUUGUUGGUGUGCUUGCCCUGCUCGCUGCCAUUGGCGCUGGUAUCUUUUUAUGGAAGCGAAAGCAGCAACGCGAUGAAAGCUCCCUCUUCUCAGGACAAGAAUACAAACGUCACAUUGAACCUGCCGCGGGCGGCACCUUGGCACGUCAAGGGAAUGGCGGUGGUAGUUUUGCUGAUACGCGCUUGGAUACAAGUCUUGCCAUGCGACGUGAUUCUUCAGAGAGUUUUGCGGAUAACCAGGAUUACUCGCGAAAGAUCCUUCGCGUUGUCAAUUGA